UAUUAGAAAAUCAAAAAUCCCACUUGGUGAAAAACAGAUCACCACCAAAGAUAAGAGAGAUCUCUGGUACGGCUCAAGUUACAUCUCUCCCUUGGCUCGGACCUUGUGGACCCAUGCAUGCUAUGAACCAUGCCCCGCCGGAUUCAACGUCCGCAGAGAGACUUCCUCAAUGCGCCCAUCACCGCAGUCGCCUUCUUCACCACCCCCUCCCAUGGGCGCCGUCUCCUUCUCGUAGGUGAGCACAGCAACCUCAUCGUCUACGACGCCCUCUCCGGCCAGCUCUGCGCCAGACUCCCCGUCUUCGAUGCCCAGCCCAUCCACGGCAUAUCUUCCGGUCCUUCCCGAGCGACCGAGACAGGAGACGACCACCACCUCAUUUUGGUCUGGGGGAACCGUUCGGUCGCCGUCUUCCCUGCAAGCUUGCUCGACGUUUGUCUUGAUGCCGGAGCUAGACCCGGGCCUGGACCGGAAUCCAGUGCCGACAUACUAGAUCCGCCCCCUCAACCGCAUCCUCGCAUCACCACCACCACCGCCCAGGCCGCCGACUGGGUCCACGACGGCCUCGUCAUCCCCGGGGCCAACGGCCGCUGCCUCCUCGCAACCGCCCACAACGAGGUCGUGGAACUCACCUACUCGCCCGCAGACGGCUCCCUCACCUUCGGCCGAGUCGCGUCCCCCGCGCGACCCAUCCUGUUCUCCGCCAAGCUAGCAUGGACCGCCGCCCACCCUGACGAGGUCCUCGUGGCCGCAGGAACCGUAUUCGGCGAAAUCGUAGUCUGGACCUGCCGCUUCCCCCUUUCCUCUUCCGACCCCUUGUCCCGCGAGGUGCUCUUCGUCUUCCGAGGCCACCAUGGCUCCAUCUACGGCGUGGACCUCUCGCCCGAGCUUGACGUCCCUGGCUGCGCCGACCGAAAGAUGCGAUUGCUCGCCAGCUGCAGUGAUGACCGGACAGUCAGGGUGUGGGACGUGUCGUCCGAACAGCCCGACGGCAAACCUGCGCCGGCCCUGGUGCUGGACGCCGCCUUCCACGACGAAGGUUGGGAUACGGGGUUUGGAGGUGCCGCUGCCCAUCUCGGCGGUGGUCUCGCUUCCGCGCCUGGAAGGGAAAUGGCCUCGACCAUCGGUCUGGGUCACACUGCGAGGAUAUGGAAAGUCAAGUUCGCGAGACGGCCUUUCUUUUCCGAUUCUCCCCGUGGACGCCGUAUGACUCUGCCUGUGUACUCCUUUGGCGAAGAUGCCACGGCCAUUACCUGGCAUUUGGACCUGGAUGUCGAGGCGUGGCGGCUGAAGGCGACGAGGAGGAGACGGACGAGGGCUCCUUUUGAUAUGCCCGCCCAAGACGAGGAGAAGGGCGAUGCCCAGACCAAACAACCCCUCGCUACGCUGGUGCAACAGCCAAGUUUCGCCCAACACGACGGGAAGCAUAUCUGGUCUGCCGCCGUCUCCGAGGUGGACGAAGACACCGCAAACACCUGGGUUGCUACGGGAGGCGCCGACGGCAAGGUGAACCUGAUAGCCAGUAGCACCAACAUGCCAACAGACCGCCCCACCAAUGCAACGUCAAGUCCCUCCCCGUUGCAGCAUUUGCCGAAGGAGCUGCUGUCCAUCACCAUCCAGGAGAUCAUCGACCGCCUACCGCCCGCGUCCGCGUCUGCGUCCGGCACCGGUCAGGAGGGGUUCAAAGCCCGCCCGUCGAGGGGUAACGAGGUCUUCAAGCAAUUCGGCUUCGUUUCAGAAGACGAGAUGCUCGUCGUCAGCAAUGCCGGUCGAGUGCUGCUUGCAUCCUUCGAGGCAGACGCGGCGCCGACCUGGGCCAACGUCUCCCUCUCCGACAUCAACCCCGUCCAUCUUGCAUGUUGCACCGUAAUCGAGAGCCCGGCCCGGGGAUUCGCCAUCCUAGGGACGGCGUCUAAGAAACUCUUUCUGUACCACGACAGGUGUCUCAGGGAGAUCGCCUCGCUCUCUGGCCAGGUCACGGAUAUCUUCUGCCUGGACUCGCCUGACUACCAUUUCGAUCAGACCAACGGCGGCGGCGACGGCGGGGGAAGCACGAGCGAGCCGACGACAACCGCCGACGUGCUUGUCAGGAUGAUAGGUGGGCCGGACAUCACUCGACUGUUGACCAUCCAUCUCAUCGCAGCCGCUGUCACGUCCGACCUUCUUGUUCCCGGUCAGGAGCCGGGUUAUGUCAUCACCGCAGCGCGUGUCUUUGGCGACUUGCUGGCCAUAGGCUCCCGGCAUGGCCACUUGACCCUCUUCAGAAAAAGCCAAGACUGUCUCACCCCCCUCACACAGGCCGAGCGCCGGUCAUCCGACGCCGUCACCUCCAUCGUCCCGGUUCUCGUGUCGGGGCAGGAUGGCCCUUCUGCGCAACAACACUUCCUCACCACCUCCCGCGACGGAAAUUAUCGCAUCUACGAGACCAGCCCGACCUCCAACGGAGGAGGAGGAGGAGGAGUCCACGUGCGGUUACGCCACGAGACGUCCUCCCCCGCCAUUGACGUCGUCGAAGGCGCCUGGUUCACAGCCCCCCACAACAAAAGCGGCGUCAGGGAACUCAUCCUCUCCGGCUUCCGCAGCCGCUACUUCGUCCUCUGGAACGAGACCCAGCGCCACGAAGCCACCGCCCUCGACUGCGGCGGCAGCCGUCGCCUCUUCACCUACCGGCCCCUCGACCCGCGAGACGCCGCGCGCCUGCGCUUCGUCUACCUCAAAGCCGCGUCGCUUUACAUCUACACCCAAGAGGACGCCGGGUACAGGACCGUCAAACGGGGGACGCAUGGACGAGAGGUGCGCUGCGUCGCGGCCGCUGGCCGAUACGUCGCCACCGGGUCGGAGGACACGUCGAUGCGUAUCUGGGAGCGAAGCGAAGGCGAAGGCGAAGGCGAACACGAAGACGAAACGGAAACGGAAGCUGGAGGUCUCCGCUGCGUAGCGACAGUCAAGGUACAUACCGCAGGACUACAGGCGAUCAAAUGGCUCCGCGGGGCCCGAGGACAAGACGACGACGACGACGACGACGACGACGGCGCCCUCAUCACCUGCUCCGGAAACGAAGAACUCAUCGUCUGGCGCAUCGGCCAACUUCGAGGCAGCGCCCACCUAGCAUUCCCCGGCCCUACAGUGCUGCGGGAGGCCGAGUUCACCGACAAGAGCCCCGACGGCGAUCUACGCAUCUUGCAUCUCGACCUCUCCCCCCUGCCACCCCCGGACUGCGACGACGUCGACGUGGGGGAGAAGGUCGGUGUCGUCGCCGGAACGCUCCGCUUCAUCAUCACCAUGGUCUUCUCCAACUCGACGUUCAAGACGUACCGCUACGCCACGGCCUCCGGGUUCCGGCUCCUGGCCACGGGGCGCUAUACCGGCGCGUGCCUCACGCAGGUCCGUCAUCUCCGCGUCCUCGGCGAGGCGCGGGGGUUGGAGAUACUCACGGCCGCCACGGAUGGACACGUCGCCGUGUGGACCGCCUCCUCUGCCCCCGUCGCCGCCGUUGAGGCCUCGGGAUCCGAUCAAGGAAGAGGAAGAGGAAUCGCAGAGUAUGUCCCCGCAGUCAUCACGCGUGCGCACCAAGGCAGCAUCAAGGCUCUCGACGUCGUAUCCCCGCCACGACUGGCAGACCCCCGGACCGAGACCGAGAGAGAAAGGUUCAUCAUCCUCACGGGCGGAGACGACAACGCACUCGGCUUUACCGUUGUAUCACGGGACGACACGGACGCGCACCCGGCAACAUAUGCGGUGGACCUGAGGGCCGGCAUGAAAGACGCACACGCGGCAUCCGUGAACGGUCUCUCGACCAUUGUCCCUUGGGAAUCCGAUCACGGGAGGGGAGGAGGAGACGGGUCAGUCGUCUUUGCGACGGCGAGUAACGACCAGCGCGUCAAAAUCUGGCGGGUGUCCUUGUCGUCCGGGUCGGAGAGGAGACAAGAUGCCGCUGCUGCCGCUGCUGCCGCUGCUGCCGCUGCUGCUGCACCACGACGGGGAUCAGAUAACCUGGACGUUAGGGUUGCGUUACUGGCAGAUGAGACCAGCGGUGUCGCGGAUCCAGGAGACUUGGAAGUUCCACAAGAUCGGAAGGGAGAUGGAACCGUCCGGCUUAUUGUCGUGGGCGUUGGGAUGGAAGGGUGGCGACUAGACGUAACUAGAAAGGGCGAGCCGUUGUUAAGAUGUCCUAAUGAUGGUGAGACGAAAUAACGACGAACCGGGCUUAGAGAGAAUAGAAAUAAUAGACACGAAGCAAUGUAUAGCACUGUUGGCAUGUGUAUGACCAGCCAAAAUAUUCCCAACUCCAGUUUGAAGGCCGAGCCUCAUGCUCUUUGUAAAUGCACGUCGCCAGAAGAAUGCAGACAAGUCUGCUCCAGAAAAGUCUGCUCCAGAAAAGUCCGGCGCUAUGCAAAGAAAGAAAACAAAAGCCGUCACCCCCCCCCCCCCCCCCCCCCCCCCCCCCCCCCCCCCC